AUGAAUAGUGUGGCUAUCCUUCAUCUCGCCAACGCCCUUCUCCUUCCUGCCUUGCUCAGCUUGACCCGUAGGAUAGCGAAGAGUCGACUGUGGCCGGUGGAGGUCAUGAGGUCCAUGCAGGCUGGAGCCCCGAAGGGAGGAAAACCUGGGAAACCUGUAACUGCUAAGCGCAGCGUCAGCGUUCUGAAGGAGAGCGCCAGGGCCCCCACCACGCAGGGAAGAGGCCGAGCUCCUUCGUCCGUGGGGUCCUGCAAGGCCGCCCCCAGCAAGACCUUCGACAGCCACAAGGGCAGGAAGGAAACCAAGGAAUCGUCCAGAAAAGUAAGGCCAGCUACCAAGAAAGCAGUCCUGUCGAAGGAGCUGCUUAUUCCCAGACCCUCCCUGCCUCGCAGACCCGCUGGAGCAGAGAGAGCCAUCCAGGGGUACCACAGCCAGAUUGCCAGUGUGGCGGGCCAGGUUCUGGAGCAUUUCAAGCAGCUGUUUGGAAAUGUUAGAGAAAUGAAAGAAAUAGUGGAAGCGUUUCUUCCAUUGUCUCUUACUGUUUUUGUGUCCGUGUGUGUUUCUCAGUAGUCUGUGGUGAAGAUCGUAUGGGAGAAGAGGCUGAGGACUGAGGCCUUUACUGACCCUGAGCAGCUCCAGGCAUUCCUCAGCCAGCUCCAUGUGUUCCUGGUGGAUGAGAUGCACGUGGCCCUCAACAAGACCCUAUCAGUGGGUGCCCAGGAGAGCCAGCCUCACCCGCUGCUAGACUGUACCCAGCUGGGGCACUUUGCCAGGGAGGCUCAUUUAAGAGGAGACUACCAGCUGGCUUCUCACUACUACCAGGAGCGGCUAACUCGAGAUCGCAAUAACCCAUCCCACUGGUUUGACUAUUUGCUGAGGGCUGACUACCUGAAGGCUCAGGAGUGCUUCCACUACGCUGUGUCCAAAGACCAGGCACACCUGCCCAGCAGCUUGAUGUGUGGGGUCCUAACAGAGAUGGGUGAGCGCCACAAGGAGGCAGAGACCUUCUUUGAGAGAGCCACGUGCGUCAACCCCACCAGUGUGGUGGCCUGGGGCCUCAUAUCUGGUGUUACUGCAUGUGCUGUCCCAGUAGGUGCAGGCCAGUAG